UUAGAACUUAUUUAUCAAACUUUCUUGUACAGGGAUAUUUGAACUCGCUUUUCUUUUCGUUUAAUACCCCGAAUCUUUUGCGCAAGGAGUAAGGCGGAUAACCCUGCAUAUGAAUACUUGGAAUUUAAUGUAUGAUAAAAAUUAGUGUUGUUAUAAAAAAUUGCCGGCAAACACAUGUACACGUUAUUGAUAUCUGAGCAGUUACAAAUCACUGUUGAUCUGAAUAGCCACAAACAGUGCUCGUGACGUGUAAAAUAUAUUUUAUUUCACUCAACAGAAGACAGACGUUCUGUCGUAUCUGCAUUACGUUGCCGUAUCUAUAGAAUGUAUUUAUAAAAUAAUAGAGUAUUGUAAGCUGGGAUCUAUUAAAACUUCCUGUAUCAACUGUGUUGAAAGUAAGUGUUCUUACGAUGUGGAUAAUACUUUUGGAUUUUAUAAAAUAAACGAGGGUGUAUCAACAGAGUACAGAAUAAUGCAACGUCGGAGUAUCAUCUCAAGCAUUUAGUUAAAUACUAACACUUCUGGAAAAAAUAUUAUCAUCAAAUGGACAUGCUUUGGCAAUUAAAGAGACGUCAUAGAAACAACAUUUGGAAACACGGGUUGUAUUAUAGUAGCGCUGUGAUAUUUUUCUUUCUUGUCAUCAAUAUCAUGACAUUUAAAAGACAUUCCACAUUUCUAGGAGGCGAAAAUAAUGUUGACCCUGGUGGCACACAGUUCGUGUCUAAAUUUGGAAUAAGUGAUAUAAAAUACAACGUCUUUCAAGAAAGAAAGUUGAAGUUCCAUAACAGUCGGCGGUAUAUGUUUAAAGAUAAAUUAAGGACGCUUCUGGAUAUAUUAGAAAACAAUUUAGAGAACAAGGCCACUUAUGGCUCUUCAGAAAAUACAAUUUUAUACAGGAGAUAUUUUUCUGAGCGUCUGCUCUACUGUGAUGAGGUUUCAAGUAUAUCUGACAUGACAUAUAUGGCAUCUGGUUGGACAAAAGCUGUUUACAAGGGGACAUAUAAGGGGAUACCUGUCGCUAUAAAAACAGUUGAUGUCAAAGGUCAAGAUGUUACUACCUGCAUGGAUUCUGGAAAGUCACAAACAGCGUGUUAUGUGAAAGCUGCCAAAAAGAUUGUCAAAGAGAUGGUGGUGCUACAGGCAUUAGCCGGUGAAAAUACUUUAAAGGUACUCGGUUUUUGUCUUCCACGAAAUGCAGACGACAGUCUGUGGGUUGCUAUGGUAACGGAAUUAGGAGAAGCUGUGGAUUUAAUCAAAUUGCUUCAAAUGUCAUGGGAAGACAGACUUAAAGUAUGUUUGGAUAUAACGAAGAUUGUAAACUUCAUGAGCCAGACACCGUACGGUUCCAUGUCUAUGAGCGACUUCCGGCGCCAGCAGUUUGUCCUAGUUGACGGCAACUUGAAGCUUUCCGACGUUGACGACACAGGGUUCGAGGAUCCUACAUGUCAGACCUCUGACGGCUGUGAUGUAACAUUUUCCAGUGCUAACUUCUCUCAGAGGACCCUGUGCCGUCAUGGACGAUGUGUGCAAUACAAUGAAAAGAAGAAUCUUUUCAAUGCCGGCCGCCAUUUUGUUACUUUUCUCCUUCCCCACGGUGCACCCCGACGUCUCCAGUCAAUCAUCGCCAGCGUUGUUAAAGGAUACACUAAUCUCACGUUGUCAUCAGAACAACUUCUGAAACGAAUGAAUAUGAUUGUGAAAUUGUAUCGGUCAGGGUGGUACCUAAAUAGAACGAAAUCCAAGAAAUAUAAUUCCAGUUACAAGAAACUAGAACAGUCUGACCUGCCGGGUCAGCACGACUACCGUUGUCAACUGUCUAUCUCCAUGGCAACUUGUACAGUGUCUGUGUUUGAUCUUUGGGAAGCUGAAGAUGUGUGCAAUAACGACAAUAAGUGUCAGGGUUUUGUUGUUACGCAACAGAAAACGUGGACGGGUCGGCAUCUGAUACAUUUAAAGAAUAAUAUAGGUCCGCCAUCAUUCCAGCAAAAUACAACAUUAUACAUCAAACCAACAGGAAGGUGACGGGAGAAGUCCAAAGCACCAUUAGAUAUCUUUAGAUAUAAAAUAAAGUCAAUUUGUGAUUGUCUUUCUACAUUCCCAAGAUGAAUGGUGAAAUCAAACAUUCGUCUUUGUAGUUUUUAAUGUUGAUUAGACUUUCCAGGUAAGAAGUCAAACAAGAUCAAAUGAUGGACGUCACAUCUGCAUGAAAUCUUACCUGCGGAGAAGGUUGAUAUUGAUAGUGAUUGGUAUUUUCGAAAAUAAAAUUCAAAAAUUUUAUUGCGGCAAUACUAGGAAGUCCUGAGCUAAACGAUCAGGAUUGACAGGACAGCCAGGAUUACCAGGAUUAUCAGGAUUGUCAGGACUAUCAGGAUUAUCAGUAUUAUUAGGAUUGUCAGGAUUGUCAGGAUUAUCAGCAAUUUUUCGGAUUGUCAGGAUUACCAGGAUUGCCAGGAUAUCCGGGUAGUCAGGAUUAUCAGUAUUAUUAGGAUCGCCAGGAAAGCCAGGAUUGUCAGAAUCAUCAGGAUUGUCAGGACUAUCAGGAUUAUCAGCACUUUUUCGGAAUGUCAGGAUUAUCAGGAUUUCAGGAUUGCGAGGAAUGCAAUGAUUGUCAAGAUGUCAGGAUUGCCAAAGAGCUUACUACCAAAACAAUCACAAGUUCAUUCGGCACUAAAUUUAUAUGUCCAUGUGUUCAAAGUCUUUAAAGACAGUUUGUGGAAACAUAUAAAAUGUUCUCGGCUGGUCAUUACAUGAUAGUGUUUACUGUUUAGACAGAAAAAUGUCAUUUGUUCCUAGUAUGUUCAAGGUAUGUCUAUCGGCAAAAAAUGUGGAAAUAAAACGUAUAAUAGAUAUCUGUGUCUUUAGUAGAUUGUAAUAGACGCGAAUGUAAUCCUUUAACGGACACUAUCAUUUCUUUGCAAAAUCGAGCAACACUGUCAUAAAAAUAAGGUUGUAUAUGCAAUUGACAGCAUGAUUGGUGUUCAUGCUAUGAAUGAUAUAGAAAACAUGGAUGGUAGUAAAGGAAAAUAGGGCCUUUGUGCAGAUUUAGACGAUAUAAAUCGAAUAGUGCAUCAUUGUGAUAUGAUUAUUUUCCAUUUCAGCAUUUUUGUAUGUCUAUAUCAAUGUAUUUCUGAGCUGGAUUUUAUCUGAAAGUGUUAUACAUGUAUUGUAUUUAAAUAUGUUAUAUUUUAUCUGACCAUGUUAUGAACAUGUUAUAGCGUAUCUAGGGACCGCCUCCGUGGCCAAGUGGUUAACGUUGCUGACUUCGAUUCGCUUGAACCAGACCGAUAUGGGUUGACACCUAUCUUUGGGAUGGGGAUGUGGGCGGUGGGGGUGCGGGGGUGGUGGUGGGGAGGGGUAGAAUUCUGUAUGGGAAGAAGCCAUCCAACUGACUUACGGAAGGUCGAUGGAACUGCAAAGGUACCCGUCCAUGUAUUAAACAAUGCCUGGAGGGGCACCUUUGUCUUCCUCCACCAAGGAAAACUGAAAAAGUCGUCUUAUGACCUAAAUUGUGUCAGUGUGACUCUAAACCAAACCAAAUAAUUAGAUAUUGUAUCUGAACAUGUUAUGUUGUAUCUGAACAUGUUAUAUUGUAUCUGAGAAUUUAUUUUUGUUAAGAUUGUGUCGGAUUAUUUGAUGGAUGUUGCUCAUUUCCGACCUGGAGUGGUCUUCUGCGCAUGUCCGGAAGUGAUUAUCAGUUGGAGCGCACGACAAAAAUACGCAAAUUAUUGCAUGUCCGCACGCAUUUAGUGUAAAAUAUGUAUAGUAUACUGACUAAAAGUUAGGGUUAGUAUUACCAUUGUUAUAAAAUAUAUACAUUAAAGAUACUUAUCAUUCAAAUCACUUGAAUCCGGUAUAUACCGGAGUCUGUAAUUUAUCACAUGUGCUCCGGGUCUGCAGUAGGUCACAAUCGAUAAUGUAAGAAUUAUUGUUACAAAUGUACUUUAUUAAAAAAGUAUUGUUCGUUUUUUUUUGAGUUCGUCCGCUCAUAAAAUGGACAUUUGUCGAAAAUAUGUGAUUCAAUUUACACUCUAUACUUUGUAUCAAAUACAGAUAUUAUAGUUUUAUAUCAGUAGACAUUUUAUGUUCUAACCAAGUACUUAACGAAUAUUUAAAUUUAAAAAAGUAAAACGGUUUGGUUAUUUUUGUUAUUAGUUUCUUUGCUUAUUAACAUUAACAAAGUGCAGUAUGAUGAUGCUUCCUUAAAAAAGGAAUACUUGUUAAGAUUUUAACUUUAUUAAAAGUGAUACUUUAACAAAAUGUGUCUUGCUUACUUC